GAGGCUUUGAAAUUAAAAGAAAAAACCCUAAUUUCCUAAGACGAGGAGCGUCUUCUUCUCUUCUUUGCUCAGUAUCACAAUAUAGUUCUCCGGUACUACAGUUUCUUUCUUCCAGGAAUUGGAUCUUCCAUGGAGGGUUUAAAGCUCUCAGACGCGGAAUUGAUGGUUUACAUCCAUCCUUCCAAGUGCAGAAACGUGUUUCAAGCUAUUUGUCGCGAGCUCAGUGCUCUUCUAUUCCAGUAUGAUGAAACAUUCGAUGGGGUUCUAUUGGCUUAUGAUUUUACUGUGGAAAGCAAACAAGCUAAGAUCCUUGCAGGACUUAAUCCUUACUUUGGCGUGAGAAUAAACACAAAACUACUACUAUUUGAUCCAAAGCCUAAUAGUCUUGUAGAAGGGAAGAUUGUGAAGAUUUCUCCAGAGUCAAUCCAUGUUGUUGUUCUUGGGUUUUCUGCUGCAGUCAUAACGGAUAUUGAUAUCCGUGAAGAAUUCAAGUACAAAAUGAGAGAUGGUGAAGGUUGCUUUGUGAGCAGAUCACAUAAACGUCAUGCACUAAAGGUUGGAACAAUGUUACGCCUUCAAGUCGAAAGUUUUGAUGAAGAAGUACUGCAUAUAGCUGGAUCUCUAAUGCCGGCUAACACAGGAUGCGUUAAGUGGCUGGAAAAGCAGUCUGAAGAAGCUUUGCAUAUGGAUAGGGAUCAUAAACGGAGGAAAAUCGCCUGAGGAAAUUUUAAAGAAAAAACACAAGUUGAAGAAACAUAUAAAUCAGUAGAAGCUUGAAGUGAAGAAAAGCAACGAUUUUGGAAUCUUUGUUGUGGCAAAUUCUCUGAUAUUUUACCCUUUUCUUAUUAAACAAAAAUCCUAUUGUGCCCUUUUUCUUAAUGUUUUUGGAAUUCAAUGUGUUAGGGAACAUGAUUGAUGAUUCUAACGAAUUGUGUUGCAAUAUCGCUUGGGAGAAUCCGCAUACUAACUUAGGUUGUACCACAGUGAUAAGUUUAAUGGAAUCCAAAAUCU